GGAGCGCGGAGCGCGGUGCGGGUCUGUGGUUAGAAGGCCAGCGGCAAGAUGAGCUCCGCGCCAGCAUUCCUGAGUGCCGCCGAGGUGCAGAGCCAUCUCCGCAGCUCCAGCCUCCUCAUCCAGUCUCUGGAGGCGGCUCUGGCCAACUUCUCCAGCGGCCCGGACGGAGGUGUCAUGCAGCCCCUGCGCACCGUGCUGCCGGUGGCCAAACAUAGGGGUUUCCUGGGGGUCAUGUCCGCCUACAGUGCAGCAGAGGAUGCCCUGACCACCAAGCUGAUCACCUUCUACGAGGGCCACGGCACCACCUCCACCGUCCCCUCCCACCAGGCCACUGUGCUACUCUUUGAGCCCAGCAAUGGCACCCUGCUGGCGGUCAUGGAUGGAAAUGUCAUAACUGCAAAGAGAACAGCUGCAGCAUCUGCCAUCGCCACCAAGUUUUUGAAGCACCCCAGCAGUGAAAUUUUGUGCAUCCUUGGGGCUGGAGUCCAGGCCUACAGCCACUAUGAGGUCUUCACAGAGCAAUUCUCCUUUAAGGAGGUGAGGAUAUGGAACCGCACAAAGGAAAAUGCAGAGAAGUUUGCAAACACAGUGCAAGGAGCAGUACGAGUCUGUUCAUCGGUCCAGGAGGCUGUGACUGGUGCAGAUGUGAUCAUCACAGUCACCAUGGCAACAGAACCCAUUUUGUUUGGUCAGUGGGUGAAGGCAGGGGCUCAUAUCAAUGCCAUUGGAGCCAGCAGACCUGACUGGAGAGAACUGGAUGGUGAGCUGAUGAAACAAGCUGUGCUGUAUGUGGACUCCAAGGAGGCCGCCCUCAAGGAGUCUGGGGAUGUGCUCUUGUCAGGGGCAGAGAUCUUCGCUGAGCUGGGAGAAGUGGUGAAGGGAGUGAAGCCGGCCCAGUGUGAGAAGACCACAGUGUUCAAGUCUUUGGGAAUGGCGGUGGAGGACACAGUUGCAGCCAAACUAGUGUAUGAUUCCUGGUCAUCUGGUAAAUAAAACACAGAAACCUUGUGUUGAGAUGGAUGCUACAGUUCAAGUGAUAUCGCCACUGAUUGUCUCAUAAUUUCUAGAUCAGUUGAGGGAGCACAGUGCCCAGUGAGCUACAGUUUUGUGCUUACCAUGUCUUAUCUUAAAUAAUGACAUCCCCAUUCAUGUUUGUAGUUGGAAAACAAAACUAGGUGCCCAUUUCCUCUGCUAUGCUGGGUUACAUUAUGUUCCUUUCACUUGCAUUUCACUACCUUUUGUACUUCCCUGAAAUAAAGCAUUUUAAAAUUCUG